AUUUCCCAAAUCUGCAGCAUUAAAAGCUAUAAAAAGUCUUUUUCUUUGCACGUUUUCCCCCAUUAUCAUAUCAUCCUUUACUGAGCUUUUCUCUCUUUCGUUAGAGCUGAGAAUGGGUUUUUGGAGUCAUCAUUUAAGGCUCCUUCUCCUCAAUGUUCUCCUACUAUUCCCAUCACUGUAUUUGGUAAAUGCAGCAGGCCCGAAAGAGCAGAGAAGUGAAUCAUCAGAAAGCUGCGAUUUUUUUGAAGGGAGCUGGGUUGAAGAUGAUUCAUACCCACUUUAUGAAGACUGCCCAUUUAUCGACGCAGGGUUGAAUUGCCAGAAGAAUGGCAGACCCGAUAAGCUUUACCUCAAGUAUAGAUGGCAGCCUACUCACUGUGACCUUCACAGGUUUAAUGGGGAAGCUUUCCUGCAAAUGUUUAGAGGGAAAAAGAUUAUGUUUGUCGGAGACUCGCUGAGCAAUAACCAGUGGCAGUCAUUGGCGUGCAUGCUUUAUGCUGCAAAUUCGAAUUGCACCUUAGUCAGAAAGGGAAAUCGUUCCAUUCUUUCAUUCCCUGACUAUGAGCUGGAUGUUACGUUCUUGAAAAAUGGAUUCCUGGUGGACCUAAUCCAUGAGGAAUCGGGGCGAGUUCUUAAGCUAGAUUCGAUCAGUAGGAGCAAGCAGUGGGAAGAUGUUGAUGUGUUGAUCUUCAAUAGCUAUCAUUGGUGGAUUCAUACUGGAAAUUUGCAGACAUGGGAUUACUUUCAAGUUGGGGAAAAUCUCUACAAGGAUAUGGAUCAUAUGGAUGCCUACAAGAUAGCUUUGACAACUUGGUCUAAUUGGGUAGACUCCAACAUUGAUCCCAACAAAACUAAAGUGUUCUUUCAAGGAAUUUCUGCUGUUCAUUAUCAUGGUAAUGAAUGGAACGAGCCAGCAGUACAAGACUGCAGGCAUCAAACCGAGCCAAUAGAGGGAUCGAGUUUCCCAGGCGAGAGAUACCCGGGAGAAGCGGUGGUGAAGGACGUGUUGGGAAACAUGACAAGCAGCGUAUACUUGCUCGAUAUCGCAUUGCUCACUCAACUGAGAAAAGAUGGACAUCCAUCGACAUACGCUGGAGGAGCGUUAGACUGCAGUCACUGGUGUGUAGCUGGAGUUCCAGAUUCUUGGAACCAAAUACUGUACUCAAUUUUGAUUGAGAACUAGUUUUUGCUUGCAUAAGAUGGCUGGCAUCAAAUGGUUGCCAGGGGCCAGGGUAAACCAGUUUUUAACCAUCCAGAUAAUAGAAAUAAACAACCAGGCUACAUUAAAGAUUAUGAGUCUUUUGACCCAUGUUAGUUACAUAGAUUAUCUAGUGCAAGUUUGCAACUGCAUACAUAUAUAUAUGCUACUCUGUUAUUUGCAUAUGUCCUCAUAAUUCAAUCUUUUCAGUUAACAUCUGGAUUAAA